AUGAAUAACGAUUCUUUUUCAUCCUUCAAAUUUCGCCGACCAUCGAGCAAACUCCAUAAGGACCCUCCCGGUUACGGAUCCCGCGCCCUUAACAGCCAGCAGAGCACCACGUCACUAAAACGGCACCCUUCUGCCCCCGUUUACCCGCGCUCCUCUGCCGCUGGGAGUCGAGAGCAUUUGCGAACUAGGUCCAACGCAUACGGCUCGUCAUCCUCGUCACUCGAUCAGAAUAGCGCGGGCGCUUCUCCGGUUCUGGGGAGCAGCGAUUCUGGCCAUUUCCACAGCAGUCAUUCAUCCCGGUCCCGACCUCCAUACUCCGGCCGGUUUUCCUUGAACGAUCAGAGCUCAGAUGAAUUAAUUGGCGCCCCCUUCGAUUCGCGGGGUAUGUUAAGCGCCCUGGAAGAACAUACCGCUGAGCCCGACAAUAGGAGUUAUCAACCACCAGACCCCGCCGAAAGGUACACUGAAAAGCCCCCGAAUUUCCGAUCGCAGACUACACCAAACCCACGAGCCUUGAGACAAUCAGCCAGUUUCACUACUCUGCCUCCCCGUAUGGAGGCCUUUCCGAACGCCGCUGGCAAUGACCGCCCGACAAAUACAAAGCGUUUUUCCGAUGAGGCCACCCCUGUCAGACCUCCGGGGCCCAGCCGAAGCAAGAAAAGCAGUUUUUCGAGCUUCGUUAAUAGCAUGCUAGGUUCCCCCCGUGGAAUCAAAAUUUCUGCACCAGAGAACCCGGUCCAUGUCACUCAUGUUGGUUACGAUAACCAGACCGGCCAGUUUACUGGUCUGCCUAAAGAAUGGCAGCGGCUGCUCCAGGAGAGUGGUAUCACGCAGAAGGAACAGGAGGAGCAUCCACAGACCAUGGUCGAUAUCAUGAGAUUUUACGAGAAGAAUGCCCGAGGGGAUGAUGAAGUCUGGCAUAAGUUUGACCAUGCUUACCCUCAACAGCCAACCGCCGCGAGCCCAAUAUCCCAGCCAGCGGGCUCCACUACGUAUGGCACGCAACGAACGUCUCCUCCCACCAGCCCUCGAUUCCCUCAGAACCAUGAGGGGAGCUUCGAAAACCCACGAGCACCGCCUCCGAUUCCCCGCGCCGCGCCUAUCGCUGCACAUGCCAUGUCUCCGCCCUUAGGAGGGCUUGUCCCUAACCGCGCACCUCCUAAACCACCAACUGCUGCUGCUAACUUAGUUCCGAGUCGGCCUGCGCCGCAACCUCCUACGUCGAGCCCUUAUUCCAAUAUCUCUACCAGGCCAUCCCCGGAGACGCAGAGCCCUCAAUUCAGCACGCCUCCCAUUCCAGAAACGGAGCCCUUGCCUUCCGAGUCGCAACGCAGCCGAUCGAAUUCUAGAACAAAUGGGGCGCAAGGUCCAUGGCCGUCGGUGUCACCGAGUCAUUACCAACAACAGCAGGAGCAGGCAAUGGCCGUAGCUCAGCAAGCCCUUGCCAAUAAGCAGCUUGAACGGAGCCGUAGCCAACGUCAGCAGCAACAGUCUCCACGGCCAGACCAGAUGCCGAUCGCGCAGCCCGCACUCCCGCAGCACGCUCCUUCGCCUGAAGAUGUUGCUCUGACACAAGCUUCCCAGACUGCGCGUGCUGCACCGGCAGCUCGGCCUCGCCAAAGACCCCGCCAAAGUAAUGCCAUGGAUGUCAGAGCACGAUUGGUCGCAAUUUGUACUCCCGGUGAUCCCACAAAACUUUACUACAACUUGAAUAAAAUCGGUCAGGGUGCAUCUGGUGGAGUCUUCACUGCUUAUGAACAGCAUACCAAUAAUUGCGUCGCGAUCAAGCAAAUGAAUCUGGAUCUACAGCCAAAGAAGGAUCUCAUCAUCAACGAAAUUUUGGUGAUGAAGGACAGCAAGCACAAAAACAUCGUCAACUUCUUGGACAGUUAUCUCCAUGGGCUAGACUUGUGGGUGGUUAUGGAAUACAUGGAGGGAGGUAGUCUUACAGAUGUUGUUACCUUCAAUAUCAUGAGCGAACCCCAAAUUGCUGCUGUUUGUCGAGAGACGCUUAACGGCUUGCAGCACCUUCACUCGAAAGGUGUGAUCCAUCGAGACAUCAAGUCAGACAAUAUUCUUCUUUCCUUGGAUGGCAACAUCAAGCUCACCGAUUUCGGUUUCUGUGCCCAAAUCAAUGACUCUCAGAACAAGCGAAACACCAUGGUCGGCACACCGUAUUGGAUGGCCCCUGAGGUUGUUACGAGAAAGGAGUACGGACGUAAAGUUGACAUUUGGAGCCUCGGAAUUAUGGCCAUCGAGAUGAUUGAGGGAGAACCUCCUUACCUCACCGAAUCGCCUCUCAGGGCUCUAUACUUGAUUGCCACAAAUGGCACACCUAAGAUCAAGGACGAGCACAACCUGUCGCCUGUCUUCAAAGAUUUCCUCCAUUUUGCGCUCAGGGUGGACCCUGAGAAACGAGCAUCAGCUCAUGACCUAUUGAAGCAUCCCUUUAUGAACCUUUGCGCGCCUCUCAAUCACCUUUCGCCUCUAGUUAAGGCUGCACGGAUUAGCAGGGCGCAGGAAAAAGCCCAGAAGGGUGGUGUUUAG